UAAUAUUAUAAAAACCAAAGCAAAAUAAGCUCGAGAAAUUUGGCUCGAGCUUGGACUCAUUAGAAUUGUUGAACUCAAACUGAGCUCGGCUCGUUCACACCGUAGGACCGUAGGUUUGACCAAUUUUUUUCUCAUAUUUAAUACACAUAAAUGUUAUUUCCUUUUUAUUACUCUAUCGCCACCACCUCUCUUUCAUUCACAAAUAUACCUACAAAAUACUGCGGCGGCGGCGAACAUUGGCGAUAAUCGUUUUCCUAUCUACCUUAUUUUCAUAUAUUAUUCUCAUAUGUUUCAAAUAUAGAACAUUUAUCGUGAUAACUACAAGUUUAUAGAGGAAAAGGUAAGUUUUCUGUUUCAGAUUUUUUUCAAUUUUAAGGUCAUCUGUUUUUCGUCAAUUUUUUUUCUUUUCUUAAAGAUCGAUAUACCUAAGUUUUAUAUUUAAUUUUUUCAAUUGCUACAUGUUCUUUCUUUAUUCGAUUUGUGUUUGAUUCUUCGAUUGGUUAAUGAAAAUGUUUAGAGGCUCGCAUUGAGAUGGAUUUGGUAAUUAGGGUUUAUCGUGAUGAAUUUGAAAUAACACAAAUUAAAAGAAAUUAAAAUGUGCAAUUUGAGGAGUAUAAUAUGCAAUUAUGUUAGUACUUCAAAAAAAUACUUAUAAACGAAUCGUUUGAAUGGUUUUCGAGAUAGAUGAUAGAUCUCACAUAUGAAAGACUAAAUUUGGAUAAUAUACAUACUUUGAUACUAACCAACAUUUAACACAUUUGAUCGUCGAUUUUUCUUUUUCAAAAUUUCAUGUUUUCUCGUUGACCGAAUAUUAAGUAAUCACAUUUAGACAUUUUGUAUUUUUGAAAACUCUAGACGAUUGCAAUUUAUUCGAUAUUUGGUUAGCGGUAAAAAUAUAAUAUAAAAAAUUCAAUGGUUAUAUGGGUAAGUGACCAAGUGUUAGCUAAUAUCAAACUACUGGGGAUAUAUAUGCAAUUUUCUAAAUCAAAGGGGGUUUAUAUGAUAAUAUGUGCUGCAAAAUAUGCACUACAUAUGAGAAUAUUGAGACUUGAAAUUGCACCCUCAGUCCUCAAACCACACAUCAUAUAUUUAUUGCACUAAUUAAUUAUAAUAUCUACGACAGAUUCAUAUUUAUAUCCAAUAUAAUAUGUAAAUAAGCUGCAACAAAUCUCAGUUUCAUUUCCUUAUAAAAAGUACUGUGUAUUGUACCUAGUUGAUUAGGACUUGUACCUUUGGUGCUGCAAAGUAGAAAGUGCUAGUUUAAAUACAAAGUCGUUACCCUUGACAGAGAGACCCAAUUAAAAUUGUAGAGAACUGUAUGGGAGCAGACUGGAGACAACAUUAACCCAAAUCACACAGAGAUACAGUAUUAUUAACACAUUAUAUUUCGACAAAGCACCGGAACGAAGACAACACUCAAUUGCCUUUCUUCGCUGACUCCGUCCCUCGGCCACCUCCGCCACCGCCUCCGCCGCCACCGCUGAGCUCCUGCACCGCCUGGUCAACUCAAUGCCCGCCCAAAAGCGUCCCCUUGAAGCAUCCACUCCGCCUCCUUCCCCUCAGCCACCGCUCGAGGAAGAAAAACCCGAUGAUUCGGUCCAACUCAGCGAGAAUCACAACCAGAAAGAAACCGGCGACGCCUCCGGUACGUGUUCAUAUUCCGACGAGAGCCCUUACUCUAGCGAUGGAGAGAAAGAAGAAUUUAUUGUUGUGAAGCUGGCAGAAAUACGCAAGGAAGUGCAGUGUCCAAUAUGUUUAGGUAUGACUCUUUAAGUUUAGUUUUUC